AUGGCUGACCAAAAGAGCAUUCGGCGACCGAACCCGACACUUUCGGACAGUGUCUUCAAAAUGUUCAGCCUACAAGGAAAAGUUGUUAUCAUCACUGGUGGUACCGGUGGAAUCGGCUACAACGUCGCUCGUGGUCUAGCUGAAGCCGGUGCCAACAUUGCCCUCUGGUAUAAUACAUCUCCCCAUGCAGAUUCUCUGGCUGGCGCACUCCAGGAAAACUUUGGUGUUAGGGCAAAGGCGUAUAAAUGCGCUGUGCAGAACUUCACUGAGGUACAAGCAAUGACUGACGCCGUCGUCCGCGACUUCGGCCGUUUGGAUGUCAUGAUUGCAAAUGCGGGUAUUCCAUCCAAGGCUGGUGGCCUAGAUGACAAAUUGGAGGACUGGCAGCGCGUGGUUGAUAUAGAUUUCUCUGGCGCAUAUUACUGCGCUCGCGUCGCCGGCACAAUCUUCCAGAAGCAGGGCUUUGGUAACAUGAUUUUCACGGCAUCCAUGUCGGGUCAUGCGGCGAAUGUACCCCAAGAGCAGGCUUGCUAUAAUGCUUGCAAAGCUGGUGUUAUUCACCUUGCCAAGUCUCUCGCCGUGGAAUGGGCCAGUUUUGCUCGCGUGAACUGUGUUAGCCCUGGCUACAUUGACACCCCAAUCAGUGGAGACUGUUCCUUUGAAAUGAAGGAGGCGUGGUAUAGCCUUACACCCCUCAAGCGUGAUGCAGACCCUCGCGAGUUGAAAGGUGUCUAUCUGUACCUCGCCAGUGAUGCUAGCACGUACACAACGGGCGCUGACAUUGUGGUCGACGGAGGGUACACAUGUCGGUAA